CCGUCUCAACUCUUCCUAUCCAAGCAUGUGGGCGCCAAGCAACCUCACGAAUUCCCCGGGACCCCGCGGGGAGUGCGGCUCUGUGUCCGUGGCCUUCCCGAUCACCAUGUUGAUCACCGGCUUCGUGGGCAACGCGCUGGCCAUGCUGCUGGUGUCGCGGAGCUACCGGCGCCGCGAGAGCAAGCGCAAGAAGUCUUUCCUGCUGUGCAUCGGCUGGCUGGCUCUCACUGACCUGGUCGGGCAGGUGCUCACCACCCCGGUGGUGAUCGUCGUGUACCUGUCCAAGCAGCGCUGGGAACAGCUCGAUCCGUCGGGGCAGCUAUGCACCUUCUUCGGUCUGACCAUGACUGUCUUCGGGCUAUCUUCGCUCUUCAUCGCCAGCGCCAUGGCCGUCGAGCGGGCGCUGGCCAUCCGGGCGCCGCACUGGUACGCCAGCCACAUGAAAACACGCGCCACGCGCGCGGUGCUUUUUGGCGUGUGGCUGGCCGUGCUCACCUUCGCCCUGCUGCCUGUGCUGGGCGUGGGCCAGUACACAGUCCAGUGGCCCGGGACAUGGUGCUUCAUCAGCACCGGGGGAGGGGGCAACGGCACUAGCUCCGGGGACAACAGGGGCAACCUUUUCUUUGCCUCCACCUUUGCCUUCCUGGGGCUCUCAGCGCUGGCCAUCACCUUCGCCUGCAACCUGGCCACCAUUAAGGCUCUGGUGUCUCGCUGCCGGGCCAAGGCCACAGCGUCACAGUCCAGUGCUCAGUGGGGCCGGAUCACGACGGAGACGGCCAUCCAGCUCAUGGGGAUUAUGUGCGUGCUGUCGGUCUGCUGGUCGCCGCUGCUGAUAAUGAUGUUGAAAAUGAUCUUCAAUCAGACAUCAGUUGAGCACUGCAAGAAUCGAGACGAAAAGCAGAAAGAAUGCAAUUUCUUCUUAAUAGCUGUUCGGCUGGCUUCACUGAACCAGAUUUUGGAUCCGUGGGUUUAUCUGCUGCUAAGAAAGAUCCUUCUUCGAAAGUUUUGCCAGAAAGUAGCCCAGGAAACAAAGAAGGACGGGGCCACAUUUAUCUUUGCAAACUUGAGCAUCAGUAGGACAAACUGA